CGCUUCACAUAUGCCGACGACGAGAGAGGCGCGGGGCGCGGGGCGCGGGCUAGCGGCCCGUUGCGCGUGCGCCGCGAUUCACCGGUCACUCAGCGAGCGACAGCCAACUAGGCGGACACUUUAUCGUCCUUGCGUGCAAUUUGAAUACGCGAAUAAAUUAUUAUAAUACAGUCCAAGUCUUAUUACACCGAAGUCCCGUUAGGGCUCCUUCAUUUUCUGGUCCUUCGAAGCGAAAAACCUGCAUACUUCCGUCGCAUUACAAAUGCAACGCAACGGUCAUUGACGUCGCGUGGUUUACAUUGACCGCGCCCAAGGACAAAGGACAAGAAGUCGUCUCCGUCAUCUACGUGGCAGCCUUUGUCGUCUGAAGAAGCUGAUGUCAGGGAGUAUAAUUCUGUAUUUGAGUGAGUCCAUCCAAUUACUUAUUUCCAACUUUCCCUAUUGAAAACUUCUUUUUGCUGAAAUUUUUAUUUUUUAAAUAUUUCUCUAUAAUUAAUCUUCUAGUUAUUCAAGUAAUAUAUUGCUUAAUUACUUCAUUGAUGCAUUAUUUAAUUAUUUCAUAACAAAAAGUACGCACGCACUUGACACGUGUUAACCUUGAAACCGGUCAAGUCUUAUCGCUUUGAAUAGAACCCGUUCGUCUACGCAAACAGGUGCUGCAUUUUUUAUAUCCAUUCAUUACGAUUCCUUUGUUUAAUUUUAUUUUUUAUGACUCUUUUUUUGUUUCACAUUGCAACAUAAAAACUUUAAGAUGUCUGAUAAUUUAAAAACCCUUAUUAAAAAACGUAGUUCAAUAAAGUCUAAAUUAACAAUAUUUAAUAAUUAUUUAAUGUUAAUAAAAAGCAGUCCCGAAUUAUCAGAGUUACAACGUCUUGACCUCAUGGAACGUUUUCGUAAAUUUGAAAAUUUAUAUAAUGAAUUUGAUGACCUGCAGAAUACGAUUGAACUACUUUCCGAGGAUGCCGAGUCUACGUUUACUGAGCGUGAGGACUUCGACCGUCAGUAUUUCAAUCUGGUGGCACUCACGCGCAGCCUGCUCGGUGCUUCGUCCAACGGUACUGGAUCUGAGGCGGGCUUCAAAGAUGCUGACUCAGGUGCACAUAUUUCCAAUUCAAGGAAUUUUAUUCGUUUGCCUAAAAUAGAUUUACCGCAUUUCGACGGGACCUAUCAAUGCUGGCUAGAAUUUCGCGAUACUUUUACAUCUUUAAUUCACAACAAUACUACCAUUAAUGAUAUCAAUAAAUUCCAUUACCUUCGAGCUUCACUCCAGGGUAAUGCAGCUUUAAUUAUUAAAAAUAUUGAUUUUAAAGGGGAUCAUUACAAUAUUGCAUGGGAUCUUUUAUGCGAACGAUACAAUAAUAAUCGCAUUCUCGUCAAUAACCACAUACAGGCCCUUUUUGAUGUCGAGUCAAUAACAAAUGAGUCUAGUGUUUCAAUUAGAAAUCUAGUUGAUACGAUCAAUAAAAAUGUAAGGGCAUUAACAACAUUAAAUCAGCCCACUCAAUAUUGGGAUACUUUACUCAUUUAUAUAAUGUCUAAAAAAUUAGAUUUAAAAACUAGUCGUGAUUGGGAAGAACAUAGAAACAAUACUUUAAAAGAUGAUCCCACUCUAGCACAAUUUUGUUCUUUUUUAAACAAAAAGGCAGAUUGGUUGGAAUCCGUCGAAUCAAAUAUUAAUCUUUCUCAAAAUAAUAUUAUUGUUGCUUUAAAUAAUAAUCAUUCAAAUAAAUUUGUUCCAGAUAAAACUACUCAAAUACCAAAAAAAUCUAAUAAUAAUUUUAAUAAAUGUCCGCUUUGCUCCCAAGCACAUGCUUUAUACAAAUGUGAUUCAUUUCGAAGUUUAUCUAUUGAAAGUCGCAUACAAAAGGCAAAUGAUUAUAAUGUUUGUCUUAAUUGCUUACGGUUAGGCCAUUCUGCUAAGCAAUGCAAACUAUCACAUUGCAAAUAUUGUAAAAUAAAACAUAAUACGCUUUUGCAUUUAAAUUCGAAUGACUUCAAAACUGUCAAUUCGUUGCUUUCUUCUUUGCACCUUGCUACGUCAAAUGUUGCACUUCCGGCCAAUUGCUUGCAGCUUGCUACUUCUGCGCAUGUAUUACUGUCCACAGCUCUGGUGAACGUGAUCGGCGCGUCGGGUAAAAAGUACACUGCACGUCUACUGCUGGACAACGGUAGCACGGCCAACUUUGUUACGCAGACAUUCUUCGAGAAACUGGGUUUGUUACGACGCGGUACUAGCACCAGGGUAACAGAUGCAUCGGAAAAGGCGUACGGGGCAUGUCUGUAUAUUCGAUCAAGUAGUGAUAAUGGCUCUACAAAUGUACAGCUUCUAGUCUCUAGAAACCGAAUAGCGCCUGUCAAACCGAUGACCAUACCGAGGCUUGAACUUUGCGGAGCUUUGUUAGGUGCAAGGCUGUGUACUAAGGCCAAAUCCAAAUGGUUUAGUUCCAGAGGGGAGGUGAAACCAGGGUCUUUAGUCCUAAUCAAGGACAAAACAACACCACCGCUGCUUUGGUCCCUGGGUCGGGUCACACAGACCUUUCCCGGCGUAGACGGAGUCACGCGGGUGGCAGAAAUCAAAACGAAGAGAGGAACAAUUCGUCGCGCUUUCAAGAACAUCUGCCCCCUUCCUGAUCAAGAUUGAAGAGCACUCUUCAACCCGGGGAGUAUGUCGGCGCUUCACAUAUGCCGACGACGAGAGAGGCGCGGGGCGCGGGGCGCGGGCUAGCGGCCCGUUGCGCGUGCGCCGCGAUUCACCGGUCACUCAGCGAGCGACAGCCAACUAGGCGGACACUUUAUCGUCCUUGCGUGCAAUUUGAAUACGCGAAUAAAUUAUUAUAAUACA